AUGGGAAAGAAACAGCAUCAAAAGGACAAGUUGUAUCUUACAACCACUGAAUGGAAAGAGAUCGGUGGUCAUAAAGAUGAUACCGGCACUCGGCUUCAACGUGCUCAGUUCAAGCGUCUACCGCUCACGCAUUGUUCGCUGUCCUUGCUCCCAUUCGAAGAUCCUGUCUGUACCCGAUCGGGAGAGAUAUUUGAUUUGACGCAUAUCAUCCCUUAUCUGAAGAAAAAUGGUGUUAAUCCAUGCACCGGCAAGAAAAUGAGCAGCAAAGAUCUUAUCCACCUGAAGUUCGACAAGGAUGAGCAAGGAAAAUUCCGUUGCCCUGUGACAUUCCGUGGUUUUACUGAUCAUACACAUGUAGUGGCUAUAGCUACAACGGGAAACGUUUUCUCAUAUGAAGCUGUACAGGAAUUGAAUUUGAAAGCGAAUCAUCUCAAAGAUCUCCUCACUGAUACUCCUUUCCAGAGAAGUGAUAUAAUCGUUCUACAGGAUCCACAUCACCUUGAGAAGUUCAAUAUGGAGAAAUUUUAUCAUGUACAGUUUGAUCCCAAAACAAAAGAACAAAUAGAGAAGGAGAAGAAAGAAAUGCAGGAUCCUAAGUUCUUCAUUCGUCGCAUGAACAACGAAACGAAAGAGGCGCUGGAGCAGCUCAAGAAGGAUUAUACCCCUAAAAAGAUUGAUGCUGUAGCUGAAGAAACGGCUGAUGAAAUUAACGCGGCACAUUACAGUCAAGGACAUGUAGCUGCUGGCUUCACAUCUACAACAAUGGCACCUAUUACAAAGCAGAAGGCUGCAGUUCUUUCAGAUGAAACUGUGAGAUACGCUCGGGUAAAGAAAAAUGGCUAUGUACGUAUCGUUACAAAUCACGGAUCGUUGAAUCUUGAGCUAUUUUGUCCAAAGGCUCCGAAAACAUGCGAAAAUUUCAUAACGCUGUGUUCAAAAGGCUACUACAAUAACACGAAAUUUCAUAGGAUAAUAAAGAAUUUUAUGAUGCAAGGUGGUGAUCCUACUGGGACUGGGCAUGGCGGAGAAUCCAUGUGGGGCAAACCGUUCGAAGAUGAAUUCGCACCUGGUCUCUCUCAUGAUUCACGAGGAAUUCUGUCCAUGGCCAAUAAAGGAACGAAUACGAAUCAGUCGCAGUUUUUUAUAACUUUCCGUCCAUGUAAAUAUCUGGACAAAAAGCAUUCCAUAUUUGGUCGUGUGGUUGGUGGUCAAGACACGCUAACAUCUAUUGAGAGAGUUGAAACUGAAAGUGAUAUUCCAAAAGAACCUGUAGUGUUUAUGCGUGCCGAGGUAUUUGUUGAUCCAUUUGAAGAGGCUGAAGCAGAAGUUCAAAAAGAGCGAGCUAACUUACUCAAUAAAGACGCAGAAAAGGAAGCUGAAGCCAAAAAGCAAGCAGCAGCUAAGCCUAAAACUUUUGGUUCUGGGGUUGGAAAAUAUAUCAAUCCACAGAAUAAAAGGCCUGCUGUAGGAGAUGUAUCCCCAUCUCCGAUUUUGAUAAAGAAGAAAGCAGUAAAAACUACGUUAUCAGAUUUCUCUUCAUGGUAG